AUGUCUGACUCUACCAUUCAGUCUGCGGCAGAGCUCACGAAACUUUAUAUCGAUGGCGAAUAUGUAGCGCCAAAGUCUGGACAGGUAUACACAGUGUACAAUCCGAGUGAUGGCUCCGUGGUCUCCAGUCAAGUUCCGAUCGCAGGCCAAGAAGACGUUGACGCAGCUGUCACUGCGGCGGAGAAAGCAUUCAAUGGGCCAUGGAGCAAAUUCACCGGUGCCCAGCGAUCUGCCUGUCUGCGCAAACUUGCAGAGCUGCUUGAUGAGAACGAUAACCUUCUCAGUAUCCUAACUCUUGACACCCUAAGCACGGGUAACCCGGUGUCACUUAUCCCAACCCGAGAAAAAAACUACAUCAUGGGCCAACUUUUAUAUUACGCUGGAUGGACGGACAAGCUGCGUGGUGACUACUUUCCUGAUGAUGAUGGUUUUGUGAAACUGGUGCGCCAUGAACCUCUUGGUGUUUGCGCUGGAAUAAAUCCAUUUAAUGCGCCAGUUGCAACUCUUAUCAUGAAAGCAGCCCCUUGUCUAGCAACUGGCAACACACUUAUCAUCAAACCAUCGGAAUACAGCCCCCUCGGUUCUUUAGCGAUUGCGCCUCUUUUUGAAAAGGCGGGAUUCCCUAAGGGUGUUCUUCAAGUUGUUACUGGUGCUGGAGAUACAGGUGCGUUGCUUGCAGGGCAUAUGAGAAUCAGAAAGGUCAGUUUCACCGGUAGUAUUGCUACGGGGAAGAAAAUUCAAAUUGCCGCUACACAAAGCAAUUUGAAGCGAGUAACCCUUGAAUUGGGCGGUAAAAGCCCAGCUGUGGUGUUUGAAGAUGCCAAUUUAGACAAUGCGCUCACCUGGACAAUUAAUGCGAUUUUGGCACGCUCUGGACAAGUUUGUGUAGCGGCCUCCCGAGUCUACGUGCAAAGGUCGAUUGCCGAUAAGUUCAUCGAGGGCUAUAAGGAGCGUAUGAAAGCCGCGGCCGAUAACAUAGGCAAUCCUCUCGAUAAAACCACAACGAUGGGCCCGUUGGUUGGCAAGGCGGCCUUUGAAAGAGUUUCCAAGAUGAUUGAGAGGGGGAAAACCGAAGCAGAGCUGGUUGUUGGAGGCGUCCGCCACGGUGAGCAAGGGUGCUAUAUUGAGCCAACGGUCUUUUUGAACCCCCAGAAAGACGCCCAAAUUUAUAAAGAUGAGGUAUUUGGUCCAGUCUCGGUGAUCAAAACUUUUGAAACUGAGGAGGAGGUUUUGGAAAUGGCCAAUGAUACUGAAUUUGGCUUGAUGUCCGGUGUUUUUACAAAGGAUAUCAAUCGAGCAUUGAGAUUUUCUUCUAGACUGGAGUCAGGGGUGGUUGGUGUCAACUGCGUGAGCUAUAUGAACGUCCAGGCUCCGUUCGGAGGCAAGAAGUCGUCUGGGAUUGGCAGAGAGUUUGGUGAAUAUGCUCUCCGAGGAUUUACAGAGCCCAAAACUGUUCUUAUCAACGCUCGCCAUGUGAGCGCAUUCAACCUUGCUAUUGUUCUUGCCCUCUGCUUUGGUAGUUUAACCUAUGGAUACUCUUUCAGUGUUACUUCCACGACGCUGGGCCAACCUUCAUUUUUUGAGUAUUUCAACCUAUCUCAGGACACUGCGUCCCCUCGAUAUGCUUUUACCAAUCAUGUCAUUGGUGGUUUAAAUGGAUGUUUCUCCGGUGGAGGGUUUUUCGGUGCAUUGGUUGGUGGUUGGGCUUGUGAUGCCCUUGGUCGCAAGAAAACACUUUUCUUAGCUACCCCUAUCGCCAUCCUUGGCGGUGCGCUACAAGGAGGAGCAGUCAAUCUUGAAAUGCUCCUCGUGGGCCGAAUUUUGGGUGGCUUUGCAGUUGCUCUUUCCGUAGGAAUCCUAAUGGUUCUCAUUCCACUGUUUCAAUGCGAGAUUGCCCCUCCAGCGGUCCGGGGAUUUCUCGUUUCUCAACAUGGUGUUGUCAUUGUCUUCGGAUAUGCCGCUGCCGCAUGGGUCGGCUUUGGUUGUUUCUAUACAACAAAACCCGCUUUUCAAUGGCGUUUCCCACUCUCUUUACAGUGUUUAUGGCCAUUGAUAUUAUUGCUUCUGACACCGAUUCUCCCAGAAUCUCCUCGCUGGCUCCUAAUGCAAGGUCGUCGACAAGAGGCAUGGGACAUCGUAGAAAAACUACACAACAGCGAGAAGGAUAGUUCAAGAAUAUCCUUUGCUAGGGAAGAAUUCUACCAAAUGACGUACCAAGUCUCGGCCGAUCAAGAAAUGGCUCGUUCUGAGACAGUUUUAACUCUGUUCACAAAACCGUCUUAUCGAAAACGCAUGUUCUGUGCGUUCAUGACUAUGUUUGCGUCAGAGUCUACGGCAAUUUUGGUAGUUUAUAACUACAGUGUUCUUCUAUACGAAGGGCUGGGCUUUACCAACAGUAUCUCCCUACUUUUGGCGGCUGCUUAUGUUACUGUGGCAUGCUUUGGUAAUUAUAUCAGUUCACUCUUGAUGGACCAUGUCGGCCGUGUGAAGCUAUUGGUUAUUGGGAUUACCGGCUGCCUUAUCAGUCUCAUCUUCGAAGCGGCGCUUUCAGCCCGCUAUAUAGGGACAGAGAAUUCCUCGGGAUUGAGUGCAGGCGUUUUCUUCCUCUUUCUUUACAUAUCGUUCUACGGCUGCUGCAUUGAUGCUACCACCUACGUCUACUGCACCGAAAUUUUCCCGACUCAUAUUCGCUCACGGGGUAUGGCAUGGUCACUAGCCAUACUGUUCGCUACAACAGUUGCCUAUCUUAUUCCUGCUCCCACAGCGUUUGCAGAAGUUGGUUGGAAAUACUACCUACUUUUCAUAAUCCUUACUAUAAUCAACAUACCCAUCAUAUGGGUCUUCUUCCCAGAAACAAAGGGCCUCGCCUUAGAGGAAGUGGGCGAGAAAUUCGGCGAUGAUGUUGUUGUGCGACUUACCAACAUCACCACGGAACAGAGGGAGCAACUUGAUGAGGCUAUCAAGGCCGAAAAAAGCACUUCGGAAAGCACACACGUGGAGCAGAUGUCUGCGUAG